CGGUGUCGUGUGUCUGUGCCGCUAAAAUUAUCCACCGACCACACGGAGUCAGCUAGUUUCAUUUUACUACCGAGAUUUCAGUCUGCAGUGUAGUAUGGUAGUGUAGUAUUGUAGAAAAGUGCGGCUCGUAAUUAUUUCUAGCUAUCUAGCCAUGUCAUAGUAGCGUUUGCUAAUGUUUAUAGUAAAUAAACUGCAAGCAGUUAACAACAACUCGCUAGCUAAGUCGUUAGCUAAGUCGCUAGGCAACACAGAGACUCAGGAUGUUUUGGUCAGAAUAAUGACACGUAAUUUUUUUGUAAACCACUCACUCUCCUUUCUUAUGGUUUCACUUAACAAAUAAUCCUAUUCGGCUUGUCAACCAGCUCAACAGCUCCUGGGAGGAAUGUCGAUAGUUUGCGUGUCGAUAGUUUGUAUAUGGGUGUAGUUUAUUUACAACUUAAAGUGAAAGUGCUGUGUGAGGCGGAAGUUGUGAGACGCCAUGGCAGGGACAUGACCAGGGCUAGCUGCCGCGUGCUGCAUGGCUGCUUUACACACACUGAGCAUUACACACAGCUUCCCUAGAAGAGAGUUUGCUGAAGGAUUUCGGAGAGUAUGGCUCGUGUGCUGCAUUUGCUUCUUUUAUGGCUCGUGGUGAGAGGUUCAGAGUCCCAGGGUUAUGUGGGCAGUAGACUGGAUCUUGGGGCAAGCAUUGAAAGGAUUUUGCCCUCCGUUACUCAUCGUGCCAACGCCAGCCAAAUUUUCUAUGGAAUCAUGUUUGAUGCUGGGAGCACUGGAACACGGAUCCAUAUCUACACCUUCCUGCAGAAAGAGCCAAACCGACUCCCCGUUUUGGAUAAUGAAAUGUUCCAGUCUCUGAAGCCUGGUUUAUCUGCCUAUGCUGACAUGCCAGAAAAAGCUGGGGACUCAGUGAGGCAGUUGCUGGAGUUUGCCAAGAGCACAGUGCCUCAUGUGGAGUGGAAACAAACCCCAGUGAUGCUGAAGGCUACAGCAGGACUGAGGAUGCUGCCACCUGCCAAAGCUCAUGCACUUCUACAGGAGGUUCAAGAUGUGUUUGAUGACUCUCCAUUCUAUGUGCCUGCUGAUAGUGUAAGCAUAAUGAAUGGAACAAGUGAAGGGGUUUUGGCCUGGGUGACUGUAAACUUUUUGACAGGACAACUUUACCCCAACACAAAAAAGUCAGUAGGGAUUUUGGAUUUGGGUGGAGGAUCAACACAAAUCACCUUUCUUCCAAAAAAAACAACUGAGAGAUUUCCUGCUGAUUACACAGCAAGAUUCAGUAUGUUUAACACAACAUAUAAAUUGUACACUCACAGUUAUUCAGGGAAUGGAAUCAAAGCUGCUCAGCUUGCUGCUAUUGGUGCUUUGGGCUCAAAAGCUCCAGAAGGGAAGGUUUUUCAGAGCUCCUGCUUGCCUAAGAAUUACAAAGGGAAAAUUAGCUUUGGAGGGUUAAUAUACAAAGUCAGCGGAAAGCCAGGAGGUCCUACUGGAUACAAGAGCUGUUAUAAAGAAAUGCUAAAGGUUGUGAAAGGCGUCAUACAGGAGCCAGAUGAGAUGGAAGACAGCUGGAUCUACGCCUUCUCUUACUACUUUGACCAUGCUGUUGAGGCCGGCCUUGUUGAUGAAGCCCGAGGCGGGGCUGUGAAGGUUCGGGACUUCAGGAAAAGAGCUAAGGAGGUGUGCAACAAAGUGUCCAUGUAUAAUCCUGACUAUCCCUUCCUGUGUAUGGAUCUUACGUACAUAACCUGUCUUCUGAAGUCAGGUUAUGGCUUUGAGGAGGAAACAGUCCUGGAGUUGACCAAAAAGCUGCACAACGUGGAGGCCAGCUGGGCUUUGGGAGCCACUCUCAGUUACUUUGAACACUUUAGCAUUGUCUAAGAAAAAGCUAAGAAUCAGCUCCUCUUUCUAACAGUUGUGUCCUUUUCUUCAUCUCUAGUAAUGAAGAGUCACAUGGCUAUUGUAGUGAAGUAAAUUUUGUCCCUUAAAAUAAAGACUUUGAGUUGG